CUUCGGCGGAUGCAGAGAUCGAGAAUGCCACUUACAAUGGAUGGCUUUCUGACCACUGCGUGAGUAAUAUCCUUGUCUUUGCACCUGAUGGUAAAGUCAUCGCUGUGAGAUUGAACGCACCUGGCAGCUGGCACGACUCGCGUGUUGCAAGGCCUAUUUAUGACAAGCUUCUCACUCGGACUCCCGAUGGCUUCUACCUGGUGGCUGACACAGCAUUCCCGCGCGGUAACGCGCAAAUUGACGGCAGGAUCUGUGCUCCCAUUAAGACUGGGCAGCGCAUAAACGGGACACAAGCAGAGAUUGAAGAGAAACUCGCAUUUGAUCGAGAACUGCUCUCAUAUCGCCAGACAGCUGAAUGGGGAAUGCGAACAGUACAGGGCUCAUUUGGACGUCUCCGUGUCCCUCUGGAUAUCAACAACACCAAGGCGCGCGCAAACCUCAUCGAGGUUUGUCUUCGACUGCAUAAUUUACGUGCGGAGCGCGUUGGACACAACCAAAUUCGGUCAGUCUACAUGCCAGUUUGGACGGAGGCCGUGGAGGAUGCAAGACUAUGGUCGGAUUUUGGAGAUGUGAUGUUCUCAGAACAGCGGAGGAAUGAUCGUGUUGCUAGAUUCCAUAACUUUCCUGUUUAUGAAGAUGUAUAGAGCAUGAAUUGUAUUAACGA